AUGGAGGUUGACAUGGAACAACAUGAGGAUAUCCCUGACUAUAAUACAAAAUAUGAGCUAGAUGAUGGAAACCAAGAAUAUGAUUCGCCUACAGAGAAUGGUGAAAAUAAAGACAUUCACUACAAUAGCCAAUCAGAUUCGGAAGAAGAAAUCCACAAAAUAGUUCCUUCACAAUCAGAUAGGAAGAGUGGCAUGACUCGAUUGCCAAAACUGAAGACUGAAUAUGUCAAUUCUAGUGGAAAAAAAACGUGUCAGAAUGUGUCACAAUGGACUAUCAAAGUAAGAAAGAUGUCAAAGUAUGAUCAUCGGAUGGGACGAGGGGGGUAUACAACUCUUAGGAGGAAGUUGAUUGAAGAGAAUGUGAUUUCGAAGGACGAAAUUCCCCCAAGGUCAAUGGAACAUGAGAAGCAGAUAAAAGAAGGACAAGUAAAUGUUGAACGAGGAACGGAUGCCAUGACCUUAGUUUUUGGAAAGGAAAAGGGCGGAUUUUUAAAGGGUGUUGGCACGGGAGUCACUUACAACAAGUAUUUCAAUGUUCCUUGCAGCAAAGGGUUAUCUAAGGAAGAAAUUUAA